CCUGGUGUCAUGGCCGCCUGCACGGGGUGCCAGGCUUACUGCCGCGCUGGGCUUAGGGAGCUGGCCGCGGCCGGCAGUUUGCGCCCGCUGCCCGGCAACAUGAGGCGUUGGUUGGAGCCGGCCGCUCGGCUGGUGCAACUGGCCCAGACCCGAGGCUUGCAGGGCGGCGCCGGGGCCUAUAAGGUGGCGUCGGUGGACGUGGGGAGCAGAAAGUUGGAAAUUUCCUCAGGAAAACUGGCCAGAUUUGCUGAUGGAUGUGCUGUAGUGCAGUUAGGUGAUACAUCAGUGAUGGUCACAGCAGUCAGUAAAACAAAGCCUUCUCCAUCUCAGUUCAUGCCAUUGGUGGUUGACUAUCGCCAGAAAGCUGCUGCAGCAGGAAGGAUUCCCACAAACUAUCUUAGAAGAGAACUUGGUUCCACUGAUAAAGAAAUUCUUACAAGCAGAGUAAUAGAUCGAUCAAUUAGGCCGCUCUUCCCAGCAGGCUACUAUUAUGAUACACAGAUCCUUUGUAAUCUUUUAGCAGUAGAUGGUAUUAAUGAUCCCGAUGUCCUGGCAAUUAAUGGAGCAUCUGCAGCACUGGCGUUAUCGGAUAUCCCAUGGAAUGGUCCCAUUGGUGCAGUAAGGGUAGGAAUGGUUGAUGGAGAAGUUGUUAUUAACCCAACUCGAAAAGAAAUGUCUUCUAGUACCUUGAACUUAUUGGUCACUGGAGCUCCUCAUAGUCAAAUUGUCAUGUUGGAAGCAGCAGCCGAGAAUAUAUUGCAGCAAGAUUUCUGCCAUGCCAUCAAAGUGGGAAUGAAGCAUAUCCAACAAAUAAUUCAGUGUAUACAACAACUGGUAAAAGAACAAGGUGCUGCCAAGAGAACUGUUCAGAAGUUAUUUAGUGCUCCAGCAGAGAUUGUUGAAUGUGCAAAGCAGCUUGCCUCUGAUAAGGUCUGUGCAGUAUUCGCAGAUUUUAGCCAUGACAAAAUUUCUAGAGAUGAAGCAGUUAACAAGAUAAGACUUGAAACAGAAGAACAGUUGAAAGAGAAAUUUCCAGAGGCUGAGUCUUAUGAAAUUAUGGAAUCCUUUAAUGUUGUUUCAAAAGACAUUUUUAGAAGCUUUAUUCUGAAUGAAUACAGAAGGUGUGAUGGCAGAGACUUGACUGCUCUCAGAAAUAUCAGUUGUGAAGUGGACAUGUUUAAAACACUUCAUGGAUCAGCAUUGUUUCAGAGAGGUCAAACACAGGUUCUCUGUACAGUUACGUUUGAUUCACUAGAAUCAAGUGUAAAAUCUGAUCUUAUCACAACAGCUGUGAGUGGAAUAAAAGAUAAAAACUUUAUGCUGCAUUAUGAGUUUCCUCCUUAUGCAACUAAUGAGAUUGGCAAAGUUACUGGUGUCAACAGAAGAGAACUUGGACAUGGUGCGCUUGCAGAGAAAGCUUUGAAGCCAGUUAUUCCCCAAGAUUUCCCUUUCACAAUAAGGGUUACUUCAGAAGUCUUGGAGUCAAAUGGAUCUUCUUCAAUGGCUUCAGUAUGUGGUGGAAGUUUGGCAUUAAUGGAUGCAGGAGUUCCAAUAUCAGCUGCUGUGGCAGGUGUAGCAGUAGGACUGGUUACCAGAUGUCAUCCUGAGAAAAAUGGAGAAAUUGAGGAUUAUCGUUUGCUGACAGACAUCCUAGGAAUUGAAGAUUACAAUGGUGAUAUGGACUUCAAAAUGUCUGGUACUAAUAAAGGAAUAACUGCUCUGCAGGCUGAUAUAAAACUACCAGGGAUACCACUAAAAAUUGUAAUGGAAGCCAUCCAACAAGCCACAGUUGCAAAGAGAGAAAUCUUACAAAUUAUGAACAAAACAAUUGCGAAACCCAGACCAAACAGAAAAGAAAAUGGACCAGUUGUAGAAACUGUUCAGGUACCCCUGUCAAAAAGAGUGAGGUUUGUUGGCCCAGGUGGCUAUAACUUAAAAAAACUUCAAGCUGAAACUGGGGUAACAGUGAGUCAGUUGGAUGAAGAGACGUUUUCUGUGUUUGCCCCAACGCCUAAUGCUAUGCACGAAGCACGAGAGUUUAUUAACGAAAUCUGCAAAGAUGAUCAGGAGCAUCAGUUGGAAUUUGGAGCAGUUUAUACAGCCAUAAUAACUGAAAUUAGAGAUAUUGGAGUGAUGGUAAAACUGUAUCCGAAUAUGUCUCCAGUGCUACUUCAUAAUUCACAACUUGAUCAAAGAAAGAUUAAACAUCCUAGUGCCUUGGGAUUAGAUGUUGGCCAAGAAAUUCAGGUGAAAUACUUCGGACGUGAUCCAACUGAUGGCCGAAUGAGGCUUUCACGUAAAGUACUUCAGUCACCAGCCACAACUGUGGUUAAAACUCUAAGUGACAAAAACAGUAUUGUAAUGGGAGGUGCAAUUCCAGAGUCAUCUAGCUCAUCCUGUUGACUAGUAAGAUCAUAAGAACUGUUAUGGUCAUAUUAGUACUAAACUUUUUAACAACUGAACAGAUAUUGUACAGAUAACAUUUUAAUUUUGUAUAAAUACUAUUGGAUGCUGGUUGGUAUUGAACUUUUCAUCACUAUCUCAUAGGCUGUUUCAUUCUGUGUCACAAAAAGCUUAGUUUCGUUGUAGUAUUGUUACAAAUUAUGUAAAAUUGCCAAGGAAAAAUUGACAAUUCUAGACUUUGGGUCGGCUACUGUAUGUAAGCUAUCAGAAAAGAACUAUCUUUAUUUUUAAGAAGUCUUACUCAUAAUGCCAAAGAGCAGAUACAAACCCAGUUUAAAGAACUGUAAAGUUUGCUGCUUUCUUGGAAGUUCUGACCCGCACAGUGGAAUGCCUGAAGCUGUCACCCUUACACAAAAAUGUCUCCCUAACAUGCAUUUGAUUGUAGUCUUGGUUUAAGAUUUUUCAAAAGAAUAUUACGUGCGUUUUUUCUUCAGAAGCCAAUGGGACAGUAGACAAACGUGACUGUUUAUAAAGUGGAGGCAAAAGCAUGCCAUGUCAUUGGCAAAUCAAAUUUUUUAGUAAUAAUCACUUAAGAUAUUGUCACUGGUUUAGAACAAUCUUAUUCUCUAGAUUGGUGGAGCUAUAUGCUGAUUUAGAGGAAUGCAAAAAUAAACUUAAUGCAUUUUUAACAAACAUUUGUGAAUGUGGAACCUUUUUGAUUUAACUAAUAUUUUGUCAGUUGGUCCCUGGAAAAGAAUGGUAUCUUGCAUUUUCUUUGGAACAUAACACGGUACCAAAUAAUCCAACUUUAAUAAAAGCAUGCUAUUCUAGAACCUAUAGACUGACAAUUGUGAAUCAAGUAAAUAUGUAGAAACACAAACUAUCAAAGCUAAGAGGUGAUGUAAAGGGUCAUAAUUUUAAGAUGCUGUUAGAAAAUUUGGCUAAAAUUCCAUCAGUAUCUUAUGCUGCUAUUCAGAGUAAGAAUGGUGAGAAUCAAGGAACAUCCAGUUGCAUAGAUUGGAGAACAGACCUCUGUAGCUCCAUAAAAUAGACAUUUUCAGAGUUAAUGUUUCAGGAAUAUCUGAUAGCAUUCCAGCGUAAAUGGUAAAAGUGAGAAGCCCUUUUUCACUGACUGUCCUUUACAUAAGGCAAAACAAACUCCACAACUUUUGAUUUUGGGGAUGUUCCACUUUUAGUUUAGCACUUAAAUUAGCACAAUGUACCUCUGUUAGUCAAAGCCCAACUGCAGGACACAACCCUAUAAUGAAUGACAUAAGGAAAAAAUUUCAGCAAUCUGCAAGAUAUGUGGAAUUCCUGAUAAUUUAGAAUUAAAUGCUGAUGAACCCCCCCCCCCAAAUAUAUAUAACAAAUAUAAGAACAAAUAGGAGUAUUGAGAUGAUGAUAAAUUUUUUUUUCUAGCUCUGAAUUAAACCAUUGUGUCUAGUAUACUUUUCAAAAAAUUUGUCUUAAUUCAGUGGAGGAGUUUUAACAUUUUUAAUGUUCAGUCAAGAUGAUUUCAUCAGAUUCUCUUAGACUCAAAGGGACACUUUUAAAAGGUUAUAAGAAUUAACUGUUUGUCCGCCGCCAUGUGUGGAGGUUUCCAAAACCAGUUAAGAAAGCACCUAUUCCCAUGCUGCUCUCAAACUUUGUCUAACAGUAGAAAACCAAGCCUUCUGUCAGUGGCAAGUAGACUCUGAAGCUCCCAGAAUAAAAAAAAAAAAAAAAAAAAAAGUGGAGCAACAUACAGGGAAAUAUUUAUCUCUUAGUACAAAAUAAACACUUGUGUUUGGGGAGGAGAAAUGUGAACACUUGAGUGUGAAUAUACAGCCACAAUUAUUUUGCUAUUUUUUUUAUUCUUAAUAAAUAUUAAAAGAACAUUGACCCAGU